CCUGCCGGGUGGGGGGCGGGACGCCAGGGUCCCUGGGGGCGGGUGGCCACGCGGGGCGGGGCUGGGCCGUAGGGCGAGGGUUAACUCGCCCCUCCCCCGUCCACCUGCUGUCCCCUUCCCCCGCGUGCCCUGGUCUGACCCUCGUCCCCUCCUUUCCCCGCCCCUCCCCCUCGGUGGCAGUGGCGGCGGCUGCUGUUGUCACCCACCGGGCCGCCUGUCCCGCUUGCCCUCACCGCCGCGGGGCUGGCUAGGCUAGCCGGGCCGGGGACAGGCGGCCACCUCCUCAUCACCGCCGCCGCCACCGCCAUGCUGGCCGCUCGCCCACCGCACUGGGGCCCCCAUCGCGCUCCAGCCCCCCGUGGGCCCAGCGCCAGUCCUGACCCGGGACACUUUCAGGGAGUGAAGUCUUGUGCGAUAUUUAGGGAUUUGGCUGUUGGGCCCUUCUAGGAAUAGGCUCAAUUGUGGAAUGACCCGACUUAGAAAUAGAGAAGAUAGCAAGGAUCCCAGGGUCUCAGCGGCGGUGGCAGCCGAGGUGCAGGAUGCGAGAAGGCGCCCCCCGGCCGGGCUCCCGCUCCAGGCCUCACACCCCUGUGGCCCUCUGAGCCCACCAUGGCCGUCCCACCAGGCCAUGGUCCCUUCUCUGGCUUUCCGGGGCCCCAGGAACACACACAGGUAUUACCUGAUGUGCGGCUACUGCCCCGGAGACUGCCCUUGGCCUUCCGGGAUGCGACCUCAGCCCCGCUGCGCAAGCUCUCAGUGGACCUCAUCAAGACCUACAAGCACAUCAAUGAGGUAUACUAUGCGAAGAAGAAGCGGCGGGCCCAACAGGCACCACCCCAGGACUCGAGCACCAAAAAGGAGAAGAAGGUCCUGAAUCAUGGUUAUGACGACGACAACCACGACUACAUUGUGCGCAGUGGCGAGCGCUGGCUAGAACGCUAUGAGAUUGACUCUCUUAUUGGCAAAGGCUCCUUUGGCCAGGUGGUGAAAGCCUAUGAUCACCAGACUCAGGAGCUGGUGGCUAUCAAGAUCAUCAAGAACAAAAAGGCCUUCCUGAACCAGGCACAGAUUGAGCUGCGGCUACUGGAGCUGAUGAACCAGCAUGAUACAGAGAUGAAGUACUACAUAGUACACCUUAAGAGGCACUUCAUGUUCCGGAAUCACCUGUGCCUGGUGUUUGAGCUGCUGUCCUACAACCUGUACGACCUCCUCCGCAACACACACUUUCGAGGUGUCUCACUGAACCUGACGAGGAAGCUGGCACAGCAGCUCUGCACAGCUCUGCUCUUUCUGGCCACACCUGAGCUCAGCAUCAUCCACUGCGACCUCAAGCCUGAGAACAUCCUGCUCUGCAACCCUAAGCGCAGUGCCAUCAAGAUCGUGGACUUCGGCAGCUCCUGCCAGCUUGGCCAGCGGAUCUACCAAUAUAUCCAGAGCCGCUUCUACCGCUCACCCGAGGUGCUCCUGGGCACACCCUAUGACCUGGCCAUCGACAUGUGGUCCCUGGGCUGCAUCCUUGUGGAGAUGCACACCGGAGAGCCCCUCUUCAGUGGCUCUAAUGAGGUGGACCAGAUGAGCCGUAUUGUGGAGGUGUUGGGCAUCCCUCCCGCACCCAUGCUGGAACAGGCACCCAAGGCUCGCAAGUACUUUGAGCGGCUGCCUGGGGGUGGCUGGACCCUACGAAGGACAAAGGAACUCAGGAAGGAUUACCAGGGCCCUGGGACACGGCGGCUGCAGGAGGUGCUGGGCGUGCAGACGGGCGGGCCCGGGGGCCGGCGGGCGGGGGAGCCGGGCCACAGCCCCGCCGACUACCUCCGCUUCCAGGACCUGGUGCUGCGCAUGCUGGAGUAUGAGCCCGCCGCCCGCAUCAGCCCUCUGGGCGCUCUGCAGCAUGGCUUCUUCCGCCGCACGGCCGACGAGGCCACCAACACGGGCCCGGCAGGCAGCAGUGCCUCCACCUCGCCGGCGCCCCUUGACACCUGCCCCUCCUCUAGCACGGCCAGCUCCAUCUCCAGCUCUGGAGGCUCCAGUGGCUCCUCCAACGACAACAGGGCCUACCGCUACAGCAACCGAUAUUGUGGGGGCCCAGGGCCCCCCAUCACUGACUGUGAGAUGAACAGCCCCCAGGUCCUACCCUCCCAGCCUUUGCGCCCCUGGGCAGGGGGUGAUGUGCCCCACAAGACACAUCAAGCCCCUACCUCUGCCUCAACAUUGCCGGGGACUGGGGCUCAGUUACCCCCACAACCCCGCUGCCUUGGACGACCCCCAUCACCAACAUCACCACCACCCCCAGAGUUGAUGGAUGUGAGCCUGGUGGGCAGCCCUCCAGACUGCUCUCCACCUCCUCCAGCACCUGCCCCCCUGCACCCGGCUGCCUCAGCUCUCCGGACUCGGAUGACGGGAGGUCGACCACCUCUCCCACCCCCUGAUGACCCUGCCACUCUGGGGACUCGCCUGGGUCUCCAUGGUGUACCCCAGAGCACAGCAGCCAGCUCAUGACCCUGCCCCCUCCCUGGGGCCCCUCCUGAAGCCAUACCCCCCCAUCUGGGGGCCCUGGGCUCCCAUCCUCAUCUCUCCCCUUGACUGGACUUGCUGCUACCCAGCUGGGGUGGGUGAGGCCUGCACUGACUGGGGCCCAGGGCAGGGGUCAAGGGAGAGGAGUUUGGCCACACCCUCCCCACUAAGACUGGACCCUCCCCCCCUUGUUUUCUAUUUAUUGUACCAAAGACAGUGGUGGUCUGGUAGAGGGGAGAUUCCCCCUUACCCAGGGCCCUAGGAGGGGGUGGGGGCAGGUAGGGGGAGAUGGCCUUGCUCCUCCUCGCUGUACCCCCCAGUAAAAAGCUUUCUCACA